UCAGUGGGCGUUCUCAUGACCAAGAACGUUUCAACGGCUUUACCCGAUUUGCUCUAACCCACUGUGGGUUAGGUAGGUUUAGAGGUUGGGUUUGGAUGAGCCUACAUGUUUUUGUUUUUUUUGAAAACUGGGUAAAGCUGUUGAAAAACGUUUUAAACGCCCACUGAUUUGCGAAACAUUUUGGUUUUAAAGAGACACCUGAGCAUACUCAUCAAAACGCCCACAUGCGUCUUCGCAGAUCCUACUCGAAUGAUAUUUGAAGGCUUCAGUGCAUAAAAAAGAACGAGAACGAUAUCAGUUCACUUAUAAGAUUUGUUCAAACCAACCGAUUCGUUCACUUAAAAGAUUCAUUCAAAACUCGUUCACGAAACAAACGCCACUUACCGCAAUGAACUUCUUCAGCGUGGAUAAGUUUUCCCACACUCAUCACAGCGUGCUCCCAGAUGCCCUGUCGAAGUAGAGCUCAAACUAGUGAUCUCUGCUGGAUUGUUUGCUAUGUUCUGAGGUGAACUAUCGCAGCAGGGAUUUGAGUUGCCUUUCUCUUUAAUUCAGCUGGAUACUUUAUUGCGGAGCCCCCACAAAAUGUUGGAGGGCGGGCCGCGCAGCAGCAGUGCAGUGAGUUGUCAAAAAUCUGUUGUGGUGGUGACGCCGAGGGUCCAGAACGCCCACUACGGUAAAUUGAUGUGAAGUUUGACUCGCCAGGGAUUGUUGUUAUAAACGUUGCGAUUGUGGUUGUCCUUUUGAAUUGAGCUGGACGAUAAUGCAGCGCUUUGUCUCACUGCAACUUCGGGCGGCGGACAGGCGCAAGGGCGCGGGCAGUGCAUAGUUAUCCAGUGCGCAAGUGUCAUUCUGCUGGAUUAUCCCAAACAACUGCGUCUCCAACCGCAGCGGGAUGCCUCUGAUCAGCCUGGACGACGACGAGCAGAGAUGGGUCCCGACGCACGUCAACGUGACCGUCCUUCGCGCGAGGGGUCUGCGGACGAAGGGCAAGCAAGGCAGCCGCUACGUUUACACCAUCAUCCAGGUCGGCAAGGAGAAGUACACCACCGGCCUGGUGGAGAAGGCUGAGGAGCCGCAGUGGAGCGAGGAGUGCUCCUUUGAGCUGCUGCCUGGGCUGCUGGAGGCGGGUGGGAUGAGCAGCAACCUGGUGCUCACAGUGAUGCACCGCGUGCUCAUCGGGCUCGACGUGUUUCUCGGUCAAGCUGUUAUUCCCCUCGACAAAGUUUUUCAGCAUGGAAUGUGUCCCAGAAAUGAGUGGCUCAAGCUGCACUCCAAGGCUGGUCGGAAGGAGAAGGAGCGGGGCGAGCUGCAGGUCACCGUCCAGUUCACCCGCAACAACAUGACCGCUAGCAUGUACGAUCUGACCAUAAAGGACAAGCCCCGUUCUGCAUUUGGAAAGCUGAAGGACCGCGUCACAGGAAGAAAGAGAGGAGACGUGGAAUCCUCCUCUGCCAUUUUACCUGGCCGCUACGCCGCACUAUCAGGGUCUGUAGCUCCUCCCUUUGCAGGAGAUGGUGGACCAGAUGAGCCGGGUGAGGAAGAGGGGGUCGAUGUACACCGGAGCAAGGUGAAAGACUUCUUCCUUAAGGGGAAACUGCGCAAGAAUUCAGACACUCGGUCGUGUUCGUCAUUGGCAUCAGACAGUAGCAUUGCAUCAUCCGCCGGGGAUCCAUUCGUCUCAGUAGAGCUGUCCAGAACACCCAUCUACAGCAGCAGAGUGAUGGAGCCCUUCCGAAUGGACACUGAAGUGAUGACUCACAAGCGCGCACACAGUGAUGAAGCCAGUAAGAUCACAGGUGUUCCUCAUCCCAGCCCUGCUGUGGAAAACCUUAAAGGCCAAAGUAUGCCGCUCUCCAAAUCAACCCUCUGCAUCAACGGUAGCCACAUCUACUCAUCCGAGCCUGUCAGCCCCAAGAGUCCAAGCACUAUCCCGGCCAAGCGCUCCCUGCUGGAGAAAUGUGCACCCCUUUCUCGCUCUCUCCAGAAUCUGACCCGACGUGGUGAAGACUUGCACAAGAGCGAUGGGAGACGUUGGUCCAUUGAAAAGAGCAAGAAGGAGGACAGUGAGGCAGAUGAAGCUCAGAGUCGGACCCAAGGAGCCGCCACCUCAGCGGGGAAGCAAGUGCAGGCUGCUGGACCGGUGGAAGUGGUGGAUAAAGGAAAAAAGCUGAGGAAAACUUUGUUUUCUAGCGGGCGGAGUGACUCUCUCCCAGCCAAGCCAGAGCAGAGCCAGGUUUCUGCUCCUCUUGAGGGCAGACGCAGAGGAUGGUUUGGCUCCGGUGACUCCCAGAACAAGCCAAGGCUGGGAGUCUCUCCUAAGGUAGAGAGCAGCUCAGACACCCCCUGUCAGAUCCCUUGCUCCCCCAGUCAGCCCCCAUGCUCUCUUCCCCUCGGUUGCACUACUGGCUCGGUGUCUCCCCCUAGUGGCAAUCACACCAACCCAUUCACCCACUCUUCCCCAACACCCCCUUCCAUCUCUCCCUCCAACCCUUUCCUCACACGACUACAUCAAAACCCCUUUUUUGAGGAUCUUAUAGCCGAGGAAGCACUGAAGUCUCCGACUGCUGGCUACUGUUCUCUUAAUUCCAGUCUUUGUCAUUAUCCAGUCGGAUGCAGUCCCCUCCAUAAUGGAGCACAGAACAAAAUGUAUGCAGUAAAAUGGGAAAGACCCAGAAGUAUGUCCAGACAGAGAUCUCUUCCAGCUAUUAUGCCUGAGACACCAGAUCGAAACUCAAAAACUAAUCCGAACCACUCUCUGUCUGAGAGGGCUGGGGAAUGGGAUGAUUUUGAAGCAUUUGCCACCAGCCGGCUCAAAUCACCAAGUGGGACUCCAGCCAGACCUCCAUCGGCACCGUUUCUCUCACAGGUACCAAAUACAAACCAGUGUGUAAACAGCAAAGCGAACAUUGGUUUAAGGGUUGAUGAAGUUGACAUGAGUGUUUCAAGGCCAUGGGAUCUGCCUCCUCUACCACCACGUAGACCCAUGAGGACCCAAGGGAUCACCACGGACAGCUGGUUGGAUAGAGCCCAGGAGCUGGCUGUGCAGAAAGAGGCCUGCUUCCUUUCCCAGACUGACUUUGCCUCCCUUCAGCAUGUGAGAGAUGGAGAUGUGAAGAGGAACUCUCAGAUUUUAUGUUCAGAUAAAGAGUUGCACCAUAUUUCUUCAGUAGGGUGUAACAAGAUAGAUGCAGAGUUGCACAGCGGUAUCAGACUGAACGAAUUAAUGGUUGGGGAAGCAAGGGGUCAUGAUUUUGCCACAAACAACAAUGGUACUGGCUCACCGAAUGGUUUCGGUGAAGAUGCACUCGGAAGUUCUGAAUCUGAGUACACAGUUCCUGAAACUUUGUGUUUCCCAUCUGACUGGGAAACCACAGUGACCGAAUCACUUUGCAGUUCACCUCAGACCCAACCGAAACACGAUUCAGAAUCGCCCUGUGAAAUAAAGGUCUCCAAUGAACAACAAUGCAGGACUAAAACCGAUGGCGUGGGUUUGUUGACCCUCUCACCUAGAGAUUCGAACAACAACACAGAAAGUACUUCAGAGUUUGCUUUUAUUGAUUCUGAAAGUUCACCGUCUGAGUUGCAACCAUCUUUUGAAAUGAAUAAAGAUGGUGUUAAAUCAUCCAAAAAUUGUUCAAAUUUGCACUCGAAUGGUUCCUCGCUUCCCAGAUGCUCCCCAGGAUUACCAGAGGAUAUAUUGUGCAGAAUAGCAUCAGAGUUGGAGAUAUUUUCACCAAAAAACACCCGUAGUAAUAUCACAUCAUAUUUGUCUGACUCACAAAACCAUAAUCAUGGCUCGUCACCUUUUGAGAGAUCUAGUGAAGAACUGGGAGGACAUAAAGUCGACACUUGUGAACACCAAAACACUGCUUCAAACUGUGAGUCUUACAACGUGGCUGACGUUCUCCUCAACAAAGAGAUCACUGUGAUCACUCAAACAUGCUCAAGCAAAGACAACACUGUGACAAUGCAAAUCAAACAAGAGGUAGCAAAAGACAAUGACUUGCUCACUACACAUGAUAGCAUGGAGCAUAAUCAUUUAACAGAAGGUAACCUAAACUCUGAAGUCUGCUUCUUAAAGAACAACAAGGUCGAGGAAUCUUGUUCGACGCUGGAGGAACAAAUAAGCUUCGAGGACUUGCAUGCUAGGGUAGCUCCAAGAAACUCCAGAAGCCCUUAUAAAACAGAAGUCAGAUCAGCCCGCAUCAGACCGCACUCAACCACAAGCUCACCCAAAACUGUCUCGGGUGCCGAUUCCCUCCCAGGCUCUCCUCAUCCUACGUCAGAUCUCAUUUUGCAUGAUCCUUCCCCUUCACCCACCCCAUUAGCAGGUACUAAUUCCUGUCUCCACCCUGACCCUUCUCUUCCUGCGAACCCCCCAAUCGAGUUGCCCAGCAUGGGUUCCACAUGCUUCUCCACCGCCCAGCCCCACGUUGACGCACCGCUCUCCCUCUCACCUGAGGAGACACAGCCAGCUAACGUCCUCCUGCCCCAUGAGGAGAGCAGCCCUCACCCAGUGAAGCCCUUGACCAACACGACUCUACAGGGAGAGAAGAAACCUGAAAGCCGCUCAGUGCUGGAGAAACUCAAGUCCACCAUCAACCCAGGACGAUCCGCACCACCAACCCCUGCUGAGGAUGAGAAAAACCAGCUGGCUCUGAUGGAGGCUCGGGCUCAGUACCAGAACAUGACUAACAUGGAGCUGAUAGCUCUGCUGCUUCAGCAGGAAAUGGAUGUCAAGAAGCAGCGGGCUGAAACUGAGGUGCAGGUGGCGUUAUUGGAGAAACGUGAGGCCGAACUGAAGAAGAUGAAGGUUCAGGUCAGAGACCUGGAGGACUACAUUGACAAGCUGCUGGUGCGCAUCAUGGAACAGACGCCGACCUUGCUGCAGGUACGCACCAGACCAAAAUGACUACAGUGACCUGCUCCGUCCCGAGAACACCUCAUAUUGUUCUAAAGCCAUUUGUGAUGCUCUGUUAACUUUCAAAACUGCCAGAUUCACGUAGACACGAUAAAGCUUUGCAUGCUUCUUACUGGAUUUCCAAAUCCACAAUCAUUGAGGUUUAGCAUACUCCUAGUCAUGCUAUGAGCACAAGGCAGUGGUUAAAAGUUUAAAAAAAAAAAAAAAGAAUGUAUAAUUAGAUCUUGUUGAUCACGUGUAGAUGUAAAUAUUCAUAGAAUCUACACAAAUAUGUCGUCUUCAUAAAUAUGCUAAUUUCCAUAAUAGGAAAUAAGUUCUGGGAUCUUUAUGCAUUCAAAAUGUCAAACAAACUGUCUCUAAAUUUAUACAAAUCCAUAAAUGCAAGUAAAAAAGCACUGCCUUUAUUAAUUGGCUUCUUUAACCGUUAACACUCAUCUUUCCUCAUAAUUGGACAUAUUUGGAACAAAAUGAUAAAAUAACACUAAAAACAAAAACUCUGAAACUUCUCAACUAAUGUGUCAAACUUCCAUAUCUCAGUCCUGUCCAUAUUUCAAGAAAAUAUUGUUUCAGAUUUAUUGACAUGGUAUUCACAUGGUAUUAAAACUAAUACAUUACACUGUUCGAUAUGAAUCCAGAGAUUUAAAACAGUAAUAUUUAAUACAUAAUAUGUAGUCUAAUACACCUUGUGUCAAAGUUGAUGUAAAAUACUGCUUUAAUAUUAUGUAAAUGUAAAUAAAUAUCUUACUUCUUGAUAGCUUUAAACGCACCUUAAUGCAAAACCGUUGUGCUUGAGCCAGUCAGCUUUGCCUCAUAGAACCGCUGAUAUUAGUGCAUGCUCACUUCCAUCAAGCACUCGCACAAAAGCAGAGAUUGUCUCUGCAAACAUGUAAGCUAUGCAAUACAACCUGCUAAGCUGUAGCUUGAGUUAAUAUAUGCUACACAAAAGAUAUCCAUGAAGCCUUAGCACUGUAGCAUACUUAGAUGAUUGCUAAAGUAGCAAGUUUAGUGAUAUGCAAAUGCCUAAGCUUUCUAAACCACAAAAAACGAUGGAAGAUCUGUUGUUUGUUUUACUGCAUUGUAACUUCAUCGUGUUUAGUGAUUUUCUCUGAUAUUCAUUCUGAUUGUGUUUUAUACCAUUGUUUUUGUUCUGUUUUCAAAGAUAAAGUUACAUGUGACUUUUGUUCAUUAUACAGUAUUCAGUGUUUUCUUGGUUGAUGUUUCCUGAUUUAUUAGGCUGAUGAGAUGAGAUUCUGUCAUACAAGAACAUCAGUUCUAUGUCUCAGUAUUGGACGUAAAGAAAGUACAGGGUUCCUGUUCAUUUUGUUGACUCAAGGCAUCAAUUAUUUUGUGUAUCACCA